GAAAAGCAAUAGAACAACAUGCAGCCAUCGUGUUUUUAAAUCCUAUCCCCAGCAGGCGAGGACUGUUGCAUCUCAUAGAUCUACAGAGUAGAGACGCCAAGAAUGGAUCCCGCAGUACGGCCGCAGCCGCUCCUGGCCGAAUCGCCGAAGCCAACCCUGGUUCAAAAUGUUCGAGCACAAACAACAACCACGCCGAUACUCUACAUACACACAUUUCUGCCUGUUUGGCACUGCCUCCAAUUCAUCUCAUAAUGUCUCUCCGCUUGGUCCUCUCUCCAUUCGCCCUCAAACGAUUCGCUGUUGUCCAAGUCCGCUACAAUAGCACUGUUGUCGGCACCAGCGCCCAUGGUUCUGUAAUUGACGUCCAGCAGAUCCCCGCACCCGGUGCCGGGCAUAUCAGAGUCCUUCUACUGAACAGACCAGAAGCACGGAAUGCUAUUUCGCGACAGUUGCUGGAUAGUUUGACCAAGCAUGUUAAUUAUAUUGAUGCUGAAAAGGGGGACGGGCCUACGAGGGCUUUGCUUCUCGCGAGCAAUGUAGACGCGGCGUUCUGUGCCGGCGCAGACCUGAAGGAGCGGGCUAAGUUUACGAGAGAGGAGACCGAAGCAUUCCUCGCCCAACUACGACAAACAUUCGCAAGCCUUGCUGCCCUCCCAAUCCCCACCAUUUCAGCCAUCUCAUCAAUGGCUCUUGGGGGCGGCCUGGAACUCGCCCUGUCCACGAACCUUCGUGUCUUUGGCUCGACGAGCAUCGUAGGCCUGCCUGAAACUCGCCUCGCCAUUAUCCCCGGGGCAGGAGGCACGUACCGACUACCGAAGCUCAUUGGUGAGAACCGGGCGCUUGACAUGAUUCUCACCGGUCGCAGAGUCAGCGCGGCGGAGGCGUACUUCCUCGGACUCUGCAAUCGACUUGUGGAGGUCAGCCCUGAGGAAGCUGCCCAACCAGGCGCAGCGAGAGAAAAGGUUUUGCAGGAGAGCAUCAAGCUUGCCCUGGAUAUUUGCGAAGGUGGCCCCAUUGCGUUGAAGCAGGCCAUGAAAGCGGUUCGUGGGUUUGAAAAAGGGGCGGCAGCGGAAAACGAGGCCUACCUCGGUGUCGUGGAGACGGAGGACCGAUUUGAGGCGCUCAAGGCCUUUGCGGAAAAGAGGAAGCCCUGCUUUAAGGGCAGGUGAUCGUGCGGGAUAUAUGCGUCGUAUAUAUUCUCUAGAAUGCCUCAAACGAGGCAUGCGGGGCACAGGGCCUCGAUUGCGGAACGGUUUGUAUGGUGCGGACACCACAAGCAACCAGGCAGAAAAGUAUUUGGCAGAAAUGGUUAGAGAGCUCAACUUGUAUAAUAUGUACGGAAUUUUACUUGGGAUUUGUUCAUAUCUAUCUGGCAGAUAUGAGUUUUUGCGGAGAUAUGCAGUCUUUACGAGCAUCUAUCAUAUGGGGUAAAACAUCCGGUGGCUGUGGCCUAGUCAAAUCGAUUUGAUGAAGUCAUAUAACCCAAACGGCUCUUUGGAAGGUGGCUGGCUUCCCUGCAGUUCCCGUGAAAAGAUAGUUCAUUUCAACCUCACGAGAGACUACCAAACAAGCUGCAAGGUUAAUUAAUUUAUGGGGCCAUAAUGGACAGCUGUGCUCCUUACAUUUUUUUCUUCUAGUGACAUCAUUUGUUUUGUGUUAUAGACCUGGCCACAAGGACUCGCUUUUGCGUUAUUUUCGCCAUUCAUUCACUCAGUAACUCGUCCCGACUUUUCGAAAUGCUGCCCUAUAGAAUGCUGUUAGGCUAACGACGGGGGCAUCUUCCAAUUGCUUUCUCGCUCUCCAGCCCUCCAAGGAACCCUGGGUGUGUUUCACUGAGACUUCAAAUGCGGAGCCCUUUCAGCAAGCCAGGAAACUGUGUUUGUUUGCCUCUAUGAAAGGGAUGGUUGUUCAGAAAUUGCAUCAGCUGAGAUUGUGUGUGUGGAUGCACCAGGUGUAGAGUAAGAAAAGACGUAGGAUGUUGGCCUGAUAUUAUCAUGUAGUCAGUGGGGUGCAUACAACAGAACAACAUUUCCAUUUCAAACUUCCGGAUAAUUUUUCUGUUUUAUUUAUGACUGCGCCAUUUUCUUGUGGAUUCGAUAUAUAGAUAUCAUAUCGCUUGUCAUACCAGGUACAUACAUACAUAGAGAGGAUCAUUUCUCUUGGCCCCUUCUGAGGAAUUGGGCAUUACAAUGCUCCAUCCCAUUAAAUAAUAACUAAACACUAACAAAUAAGCUGCUAUGAAAAAUACUACCCGACGUGAGCUCAGAUUCGUCCCCCGCCGUCCUAUUUAGGGGAUGGAUAGGAUACCUACAUGUAAGUGUGCCCAUGUACGUUCGGGUCGGCAUCUAAUGAACUAUUUGGAGUACUUACGUUAUUCGGCCCUCCUGGUUUUCAUAUCUGGCUAUAA